AAGGUAAACUUUGUAGACUUUACCAGUAAAUACAAGGUUGAGAGACAAUUCUAUAUUUUUUAAGUAGUUACACGUUCUUAAAUUUUGUAUGAGUGACGAUUUAAACUAUGAUAGAAUCGAUGUUGAUUCACCAGAACAAUCUGUUGUGGCGUCCGAGGAUCACCAAAUUGAGAAUAAUCUGAACCCUCCACCCAUAGACCAUCAAGGAUUGAGAACUGAUAACAUUCAACCCGAGCAAGAAGAGGUCGUUUACACAGUGCAGGAAGAACCCAUAUUCAAUAGGACGCGUGCCUUGUUUGUAGGGAAUCUUCGGAAACCAUUGAAUGCCAAUGAUUUCCAGAAUUAUUUAAAGGAGUUGGUAACCAACCAAAGCAAUGGUGUGAUUGAACGUGCGUGGCUCAAUCGGUCCAGAACUCAUGGCAUUGUUCUUGUUGAUCGAGAGGAAGGUGCUGAGUAUAUCCGUAGCCAGCUCAAUGGUUCAAUUUACCCUCUGGAGGAAGAGGAUAUGAAACUCCGAGAAAUCCAUGAUUUGAAAGAACAGGAAAGAUAUGAUCAAGAAUUGGCUGAAUUUGAGAGUAAGCAAGCAGCAGACAAAGUGGGUGAAAAUGAGACAGAAACUAGUGAUGAAAUUGAAGGGAAACCAGAAUUACCCCGUGAACUUGUCGUUGAUAGAAUCCCUUUAUUUGUCGAUUAUAUCCCAGUCAAAGCGAUUAAUCAAUGGAUUUUCGAAGAAGAUAAGGGCCCACAUAAUGGACAAUGGAAGGUUAUCUACGAGGGAGAGUCGGAGAAUUUGGUGGCCACUCAUACAUUGUUAAAUGGGGAUUUCAUCCCGCGAUACAAUAGUCGUGGUGGUAGAAGAGGUGGUAACGGUAGAGGUGGUGCGCGUGGCGAUAGACGUGGUCGUGGCAAUGGUGGAUACUAUGACCGUAAUAGUGGAUACCGUGGCGGCUAUGACCGAAGAAGUAGUCGAGAUGAAUAUGAGAGAAGAGGCAGUAGGGAUGAAUAUGAAAGAAGAAGGAGUAGAGAUGAAGGAUAUAACAUUUAUCCUUCUGGACCCCGUUCUUAUGGUCGUGGUGGUGGCCCUGGUGGCCCCUUACUGUCACGCCCUACCUCUAGAAGACCAAGAGGAGAAAGAGAUACGUAUAUUCCGAGUCGUAGACCUCGAGCAGAUACAUAUGUUCCUGGUAGAGACAACAACCAAUACGAUGGGUAUAGGGAACGCUCUCGCGAUAGAACGGACCGUAGGGAUAGAGACAGAUCUAGAUCUCCUUCUGGGUUCUAGAGCUGUCUCUGAGAAUAAAUACAAAAAAGAAUGUACAGUGGUGUGUUAUUUAAAUCCACAUAGGAUUGUAAUUGUUAAAUAUGUAUCUACAGAAUGCAUGAUGUACCAGGUAAAGCUCCUUUGUAGAGGUGUAUUACCGGUUAUAGGCCUCCGUAUGGGAUACUCCUAUUGUUCCGGGACCAGUCGACGGGGUCCCAGGAGGGCAGGUAACUCCUGAUUGUUGAUCAUUGUCCGAUAUUCAACGGUAGAUGUCCUUUUAAAGUAUUAUUAGUGGACAAUUGGUUGGAUUCAGGGAUAGAACGCCUUAGACUAACGUGCAAAAAAAAAGAAACUAGGGACUUUUGCGGCUAAGAGUUGAUGGAUGGAUCCGAAGUGGGAAAGACAUUCCCCAAGAAUCAACAACAAAACAAAACAAUAUACGUAUUAGUUAUCAU